AUGUCAGGGAACAUCGACGUCAACGAGGUUUCUGGUAAAAGCUUCUAUUUCAUCGUAGCUGGCGGCGGCAUCCCGCAGAAAUGGAACAGCAAUACGAAGUUCGCUUGGAACAGGAUGGGUUUUGCUGGUAUAAACUUCAUGUGGUGGACCAAAUCACCCAAGCAAAUUUGGGAGCGAUUUAGAAACCCCGGUUGGAACUGUAACAACUUCCAAGCCGCUGUCAAGGAGAUUGAAGGGUACUUAUACGCGGUCACGCAUGGGCUAGACUUCCAGGGCUGGGACAUCAGGACCAAUGGUGGAGAUUAUCUGGUUUGGUCUCGUUUUGACGAUGAUCAAGCUGGGCUUCCCAAAGCUCCUGUGCCGAUAUCUGGGAACCCCCGAGGCGCUUUCUUCACGCCCAAGACCAUCGAUCAUAAAAGGUACACUCGCAGCUAUUCUAUGACGGCCUUCUACUUCCCUCACACUCAUAGGCCGAACCUGAAAGUUCUCACUCGUGCUUACGUCACCAAGCUUGUCACCUCGGUACAGAGUACGCUCACAGCAACCGGAGUCGAGUUCACCCACGGUGGGAAAACGUUUGUCGUCAAUGCGUCGAAGGAGGUGGUCCUCUGCGCAGGAUACUCGAGCUGUCAGGUAUUGGUCGGAGUGAUGUUCUUGAGUCUAUCGGAGUACCUCUCAAACUUGAGCUUGCUGGGGUUGGCGAAAAUGUACAGGAAGACAUGUUCUGGGAUCUCGUUCGAACUCAAGGAUGAUGUGAAGGAUAUUACUCUCGACGCUUUGCGGGACCCAGAAGCAAGGAAAGAACAAGUCGAACUUCACAAGAAGGCGGAAGGAGCAUUCACGCCCAUGAGCGCCAUAUCCGACCGCAUCAAGGACGUCUACGCCCUUGCCAAGAAGAAGGUCCAGGACGAAUGGGACACAUAUUCGCCGGGUCUGCAGGAGCAGUACAAGAUUCAGCUCGAGAGGCUGGAGGAUCCAAGUAGCUCACCUGGCGAGCUCGUACUCGUCCCUGGCUUUCUGAGCCACCCCAACCCUCCGAAGCCCGGAAAGAAGUAUUUCACAAUUAUUUUGUGUCUCAAUCAUGACUUUUCGCGCGGCUAUCUGUCGUCAGACCCCAAUGAGAGCCCAGAGUGUGAUCCUCAGUGCAUUCAACUUGACGCCGACCUUCAGACGUUCGUCAAAAUCACCAAGUUCCUCGCAGACUGGCUCAAGGCGACGAUGGUCACUAUAUAUCACACGGCGGGGAGCUUGUCAAUGCUGCCCAAGGAUAAGGAUGGUGUAGUCGACCCCAACCUAAAGGUGUACGUCACCACAAAUUUCUACGUAGCCGAUCUCUCAAUCAUGUCACUUCAUCUUGCGCCGCACACUCUCACUACUGCAUAUGCCAUCAGUACUCUCAAGAUUGCUGUCGUACCCAAGGAGUAG